CAGUCAGCACCACACGGUACGAGGCCUUGUUACUUUCGUUUUGGAUCGCUGUCCUUCCUUCCUUGACGCUCGUCUUUGAACAUAUGUACAAAAAUUUCCAGUGAAAAGACCGACUGAAGGUGAAAUCAUGAAGGCAUUCUGGGCAUUUCUUCUUCUUCUGCUCUACGCCCUGGACCUUUCAGUGGCCAGCAACUCUCCACCCAAGGUUCAGGUGUACAGCCGAGCACCGGGAAUGUUUGGGACACCCAACACCUUGAUCUGUCAUGUGAGUGGUUUCCACCCACCAGAAAUCACCAUCGACCUGAUCAGGAAUGGAGAGCAGAUGGUCGGAACCCGCCAGACUGACCUGGCCUUCGAGGACAACUGGCAGUACCACCUGACCAGAUCCGUGCCCUUCACUCCAAACAGCGGAGACAAGUUCGCCUGCAGAGUGACACAUAUGGGAGUGACCAAGGUGUUUAUGUGGGAAUCAGAUAUGUAAGUUCUACACUAUCGCUUUGCCUUGCUGCCGGUCUGCAAUGCCUCAAGAAUGCAAGAAGAUUGGAAUCUUCGAUCGAUGAUUUUGGUUGCAUUGGGAAGGUGUGAGCAUGAGAAUGACUGCACUUAGAUUGUAUGUUUUCAGAAAUCAGAAAUUAAAAAUGGUAAUAAAGCUUCAUGAAUGUGAGAGGGCUAAAACUCACAAGAACAAACCAUUAACUUCUAGUUCAUUAGGAAAACCACGUUUAUAAAAGGAGCCAAUUAAUUCUGCUCACCCAUCUCAUAUGCCAACUUUUUUUCUUUGUUUUGCCUCUGUGUCAUGUGACCUGUGGAACAAGUGUUUUGCUGUCUCUGUUCCUGAACCUGCUUUCUCGCAUCACGCUUAAUGUCAGAGAGAAUCAAAAACACAAAAUCAUUUGGUUUAAAAAUCAUUCAUGGUGUCCUGGCAGAAGUCUGAAAGAUGGAUGGUCAAUACUCGCAAUCAAUGGAGGAACUUUUUACAGA